GCCCCGCAGGGGACAUGGGAGAAAAAAAAAUUAAGACGGACUUUUGCGAGAUCUCGCAAAACUAACUCGGGAUCUCGCAAAAGAUCCCGCUCCUUUUUGAUAGCAGUUCAGUUGAAGGGUGCGGACAUGGAGGAGGAUUUAGAACAUUUCUUGCGGUCAAGAGAGGUCCCACACGACGACAUCAUGCACAUGCAACAAGACAAAGUGGAUAAGGCAGUGCUGUCCGUCAUGACUGAUGGACAAAUGGCAAAAUACAUAAGGACAUAUGGUGACAGAGUAGCUGUCAAGUCCUUCUGUCAACAAACUAAGUACAGCACAGAUAAAGAGACUCUUCUGCAGAACCUAAGAGAUAAAAUUGCGGCACGGAAAGUAAGAUCAAAAACCAAAGGAGUGCUGUGUGGUUCAUCAGGCGUGUUCCACAAGCAAGGUGAAGGGAUGGCAAGACAGAGAAAUACUGCAGGAGAGAAGACCUGCAGAAAAAUAGAAAUCGGAUGGCUUCAUUUUAGCAGUAAUGAAUACCGUCAAGUGAGAACCAGAAAUGGUGGAGGAACAAGACAUGCAACUGUGGAAAAAACUACAACUGUAGCUAAGAUUUUGGAAAUGGGAAAGGACCUGUUUUUUCCAGAUGGGAACUCGCCAAAAGGGAGAGUUGAAGACUUUGACAUUGAUGUCUGUGAUUUUAAAAGAAAUCCGAUUCCUUUAGAUGACACUGUUGGCAAACUUUAUGAACAAACCAAAUUGAAGAUCCUGAGAUUUUACAUUUGCAUGAAAGAUGAAACACCGUCAACAGUUCAGUCCUCAUCUGUAGAGGAUUUUUCUGUCAGCAUAACUGAAGAAGAUUCACCGGUGACAUUACUUGGAUCUGACAGUGAGACAGAUGAUUUUGUCCCAGAUCUACUUGACCAUGGGGAUUCAUCUGACAGUGACACUGGCAAACAGAUUCACAAUUUCCAGAUGGAACCCAAUCCAAAAAAACUGAAAUCACUCUGUGAGGCAGUGACAACACAAAGUCCAGGAAAAUCACGUCAUAUGCAUUCAACCCCAACAGACAUUAAAAACACUGUCGUGGGACAGUGGCAGCAGAAUGACUCAAGUGAUCAUGAUUUCCCUGACCACUGCUCUGAAAUUAUUGAUCUGACCAGUAUCGUUCCUAAUAAAUCCUUCAAACUAGAGUCCCGGGACAAACUUCAAGAAGAUUUGGAAUUUCGUUUUCCAGACAUAGACGAAGCGGAUACGGUUCUAUGGAAUCCUGAAGAGGAUCUUGUCAGAGCAGAUGGUGAUGACACAGUUGUGAUAACCCUGAAUUAUGUCAACAGUGAGGAUCUCACACAGAAUGCCGACACAAAUGGAUUACCUAUGGAUGGUUUCCUGCUCCCAUUGUCUUCAGCUAAUGGCUUGCCCACACCCCAUAUGCAGUCAAUACAGGAGGAAGCAACCCAGAUUGCACAGGACCAUGGACUGAAUUUAAUCGCACAAGGUUUGCCUUUAGAUUCAAGCAGCCAACUUUCCCCAUCAAAUUCAGGAGACCCACAGAGCCCCCGACGUGUAUCAAUUUGCAGGAUAAAAGUUGUUGAUGAUCUUUUGGCUGUAUUUAUGGACAGUAGCAUUAUGAAUGAGACUUUAAAGAUGAACUUUGUAAAUGAAAAUGCUGUUGAUGAUGCUGGGCUGUCAAGGGAGGUUUACACUGUAUUUUGGGAGCAAUUUUUGGAACGGUGUGAAGGUGAAACUGAACGAGUUCCAAGGCUGAGGCCAGACUUUAGUGAGGCUGAAUGGCAAGCAGUUGGACUGAUAUGGAUGAAAGGCUUACUAGACCAUGGUGUCUUUCCAGUGAGGCUGUCAAAGGCUUUCAUUUUAGCCUGCAUCCACGGAAUGGACUCAGUUGAUGUAGACAUUCUGAUUGCAUCGUUUCUCAACUAUCUCCCUCCUGUUGAGAGAUCUGCUGUCGAGAAGGCUCUCCAAGGCACAAUGGAUGAAAAUGAUGAAGAGGACCUGCUUGACCUUUUUACAAGGAUGGGUUCCCACUUCCUACCACCUAAGAACAACAUGCAGCCUGCCAUUGAAACAAUGGCUCAUAAGGCCAUUCUCCAAGAGCCAAAGUAUAUAAUGGAUUGCUUCUCCACACCCAUGGCACGUCUGCAGCUGAAACUGUCAGGCAAGGAAAGUGUGUUGUCUCUGUAUGAGACAAAGAAGGCCACAGGCAAAAGACUAGUGCAGCUGUUUGAAACAACAAAAUUGAUGCUGUCUCAGGGGGAACAGACAACCUUUAACCAUCUUCAGCGUUAUGUUAAAAACGCUGAUGAAACCAAAGCUGAGAAAAUCCUGCGCUUCUGCACAGGAUCUUCUGUGAUAUGUGUUGACAAAAUUUUGGUGUGUUUUAAUGCUGAAACUGGGCUCAACAGAAGGCCUGUUGCUCACACCUGUGAAGCUACCCUUGAAGUGCCAUGCACUUACAGUUCUUAUCCUGAAUUUCGCACCGAGUUCGACAAUAUCCUUUCCAGCAAUUACUUUGAAAUGGACAUCAUUUGAACUUGAUGAGUGUACUAAUGGUUACAGCUGUAAUUGUUAUAUGUAUGAUUAUCCUUGAGUUCAUAAAUUCUGUCUUUUCUCAUUUGUCAUUGAAGCAUUUGAUAUAUUCAGCCGUAUAGUAAGCUGUCACACAUUUAAUUUUCUGAUGGCUUAGUUGUAUGUUAGCUCAGAUUUCACAAGGACUCUUUAUUGUUUAAAAUUCUUUGAAAAUGACUGCAUCUUUAACUUCUGUUGAAAACAAGGUUUGAGUUUAUUGUUAGAGGGACAGAUCACAUCAAAAUCUGCUGUACACAUUGUCAUUGUUUUCUUUUACUCCUGCCAUCUGCCAGAAUAAAGGCUCGCUUUUGUUUUAAGUUCAGUGUCCUCUCUCUCUCUCUCAUUGUCUGCUUUUGGGUACGUUCUCUCAACACACCUGCAUACCCCGCAGUGACACACAUUGGCCUGCUGUUUAUCCAUCUAGAAUGUUUUGUCGCGAGUUGCCUAGUUUUGUGAGAUAUUAGCUGUAGAGAUCUCUUCCUUGUUGAAAAACUACAUGAAGCUACAUAAAGACAUUGCUACUAAGCAUUAAGUACCAUGUGAAACGAGAAAGGUAGGCUUGUACAGUCAAUAUCUCUAAAAUUGGGCAACUCACACUAAAACUGGCUUAACGAAUACUACAGCUAGCGAACAGAAAAAUGUGUAAAUUUGAGUUUAGGGUGAAAGAUCCAUUAAUAUUAGCAAAUAAUGUCACUAUGGUUGCAAAAAAAGUUAUUGAAAGUUAAUGAUAAGAUCCUGUUUACAAAUUCUUAAAGCUGAUGUAGCCUAUAAACAUCAUCUUGUAACAAUAAGUCCUAUUCCCCUUGAUUAGCUUCCAAAAUGUUUACUAGUUGUUUUGUUAAAAAGCAUAUUGCCAUCACAAGUUCUUUUUUGAAAGGACUUUGCCCAUAAUGUGACAUACAGAUGAUCCACAAUUAUUUAUACUGUCUUAUGUAAAUACAAAUUACCAAGUAAUGAUUAUCAGAUUUAACAGUUUCUUGGAUAAACAAGUUUUUAUGCCAAGAUUUCAAAUUAAAUAGUAUAUAUGGUUAAUUAUGAAGUAUUGCUACAUUUUUGACAGAUUAUGCACUUCGGUCUACCCUUCUCUGAAAUUAAAGUGCCUGGGAACACAGGCAGUCAAUACACAGAUGUUGUCGAUAUGCUUUUGUCAUUUGCAAUUUUUUAGUUGUCUGUACUACAUACUCCCCCCCAAAAAAUUAGAAAUUGAUUAGAUUUCAGUUUAUUUGUCCGGUAGUUCAACAACACAUAUCAUCCUUUCAGAAGUGGCGAGUUUUGCAAAAAUAGCAUUCGAAUGAAAUUGCUGUUCAUCAACAGUAUAGGUGGGUGCAGAGAAUUUAUUAUUCAGCUGAUAAAAUAAGCUUCAGAUAAAUUCAGUGGCCAAAAAAGAAUGUUUAUAUCUAUUUGAAAUUCUAAGAGUUCAAAAGGUCUUGAUUUAGUUCUUUAUUUUUUCAGUUUUGUUUAACCAACAUUAAAAACUAAAGCUCGCCUGGAAUCAGAAUAAGUAGUUAAAAAAAAAAAUAGCAAAAAUGACAUGAAAUAAUUAUAUUUUUAGACAGAGAAACUUGAGUUUAGAAAAAUGCCAAGGUGCCCCCCCUCAGAUUAUAAUGCCCCUUAGUACCAUUUCAUGUAGCCUGCCAGUGUGACAGUGGGCGUUAUAAUAUAUAUAAAGCAACAAGGCAUAAUAGAAUAUCUCUUCGAUUUUAAACUGUAUUCUAGCCAACAUCAACAACUAAACAUUCCCGUCAUUAACAAAUAGAGAUGGUGUAAAUAAAUACCAACUCACCAUUUAAAAAUUAUUACAAAAUACUCAACAUAAACCACCAUUAUCUUAGUAAACACUGUACAUUAAAACUCCUAACACAUUAAAUUAAGACUUGUGUCUUAUGUUUUGAUCCAUGUAUCAAGCCAAAUAGACAGGUAAAGUAAUUCGAAGUAAUACACAUAGACAUAGAACUUGAUAACAUUUGACAGAAGAUUACAAUGUUUUUGUGCUAAAGAACACUCAGAAUAUCAUUAACAGGCAGAGACUCCCCUUUAUACUUUAGUUCACUCACCCUCCUGGAACACAACAAUAAAUAUUUCUAUAUAAGAUAUUCUCAUAGAUGACUGUGUACAAGAAAGCUUACAGUUUACAGUCUGUUUAAUAUCCAGAAGUUAGCUUUCUCACAUAUAGCACAGGUCAAUUUUGAGAAACGUUCUCUGCUGCAGUGUAUGCAAUUUACACUAAUGCCAUGAUGUUCUCUCUUAAAUGCAUGUACAAGUUCACAGCCUGAUAUGGGUCUGUUGGUGGAGUCAGAUGGGACUCGGUCAUGAGGAUAUUGCAUAGUUCAUACACAUCGGGGUCACAUGGUUUGGUCAGUCGAAAAACACACUCAGUUUUACACAUUUCAACAUGUUCUUCUUCAGUGGGGCAAAGGAAGUCUCUUGUCCCGUAGAGCUCAGGUAAUGUAUACAUUACAUUAGGUCGACCACUGGG